AAUAAAAAUAUUGCGGAUAAAUCAAGAGAGUUUCUAUGAACCACCAAAUUAUAUUAUACUUUCGAAACAAAGCGAAAGAAACAUCCACAUAACAGAGAACAAGAGACUAGGAAAGAAAGAUGGACAAUAAGAGGCAUUUUGUGUUGGUUCAUGGAGCUUGCCAUGGAGCAUGGUGUUGGUACAAGGUUGUUGCUCUAUUGAAAUCUUCUGGACAUAAAGUCACAGCAUUAGACAUGGCUGCUUCUGGUAUUCAUCCAAAACAAGUGCAUGAACUGGAUUCCAUUGAAGAUUAUUAUGAACCGUUGGUUGAAUUUGUAAGAUCAUUGCCAGAAGAGGAGAGGGUAAUCCUUGUGGGUCAUAGCUUUGGUGGGAUUUGUAUAUCUAUGGCUAUGGAAUUAUUCCCAAAGAAAAUUGCGGCUGCUGUAUUUGUUACAGCUAUCAUGCCUUCUCCAGAUCUAUGCUUCACGACUCUCCGCCAAGAGUUUCAUCAAAGAUUGGAUUCCAAUUUGGACAUAAAGGUUAUAUUUGACGAUAGCUCAAACAAUAAAACAAAUGGAACAGUCAUAAAUGGGCCUCAAUUGUUAGCAUCCAAGAUGUAUCAACUAUCUCCACCUGAGGACUUGUCCCUUGCAAUGUUAUUACUAAGGCCUAAUCGGAGUUAUGGUGAUCAAGAAUUAUUACGAGAGAAAACAAGUGUCACAAAAGAUAAUUACGGAAGUGUUGCUAAAGUCUACGUUGUGUGCCAACAAGACAAAUUGUUAAAGCUUGAUUUUCAAUUGUCAAUGAUUCAAAGAAAUCCUACAAACGAUGUCAAAGUGAUUCCUGAAACUGAUCACAUGGUCAUGUUCUCUAAACCCCAAGAGCUUUUUGCAUGCCUUCAAGAAAUUGCUGACACAUAUUAUUAGCAAUUUAACAAACUAUUAGUAACUGUGAAGGGACAUCUGAUUAUAGAGGUAUUUUAAAACCCUGAAAUUUUGAUCUAGACCAAAAAUAAUUUUAUGUCAAUUUAGUUUUUUUAAAUAUAUCUUUUCUAUGUAUGAAAACCCAUUAACAUAUACAUGGGCUAUUCAUCUAUCCAUCUAUUCUAUGCAUUCAUUAA